UCAACCUUCUCUCUCUUCAUGGCUUCUUCACAAAUCCAAAUCCUCUCUCUCUAACCCUUUCUCUCUCCUCACCUCUCUCUCUCUCUAGAAAUCAAUUUUCCCCGUUUCUUUCACAAGAAAGUUCAAUCGCAUUGCUGAUCUGUGUUUGUGUGUUCAUUGAUCCUCUUCAUUCAUCGAACAAGGAUAAAUUUGAAUUCUAUGGAAUCAAAAUGGAUUUACAUGUAUUAUGCUAAAGCCAUCAGCUAGUUAACUGGGGUUCUGAAGGUCACAACACUUUGACAGACUGCUCACUGUCUGUGGUUCACUUCUACAAUGAAAAGUGGAUUAUUGACGAUCUUAACUGCUUCAAGCUAUAUUUUAACUCUAACCCACAUCCUCAAACUAAGUGCCAACACUGUGUUGACAGAUAGACAUCUCUACAUGGAAUCUGUACCAGUCUCUUUAAAUUGCUUUUGCUUAUAGAGUUGUAAAUCUAAAAAAUGGAAAGAUAUAAAAUUUUGAGAGAGCUUGGAGAUGGCUCUUGCGGUCAUGUAUAUAAAGCCCGUGAUAUGAGGAGUUACGAGAUUGUUGCUGUCAAAAGAUUAAAAAGAAAGUUUUCCUUCUGGGAAGAAUGCACAAAUUUAAGAGAAGUUAAGGCCCUUCGUAAAAUGAAUCACCCAAAUAUCAUAAAGUUGAAAGAGGUUGUUAGAGAAAAUAAUGAGCUGUUUUUCAUUUUUGAAUACAUGGAAUGUAAUCUUUAUCAAUUAAUAAAAGAGAGAGAAAAGCCCUUUUCAGAGGAACAGAUACGGUGCUUUAUGAAACAAUUGCUGCAAGGACUUAGUCACGUGCACAAGAGAGGAUAUUUUCACCGUGAUUUAAAACCUGAAAAUUUGCUGGUGACAAAUGAUGUUCUUAAAAUUGCUGAUUUUGGACUGGCUAGAGAAGUUUCAUCAUUGCCUCCAUAUACUCAAUAUGUCUCUACACGGUGGUACCGAGCUCCAGAAGUUUUGUUGCAGUCCUCAUGUUAUACUCCUGCUGUUGACAUGUGGGCAGUUGGUGCUAUAUUAGUGGAGCUUUUUACUUUGACCCCCAUAUUUCCGGGUGAAAGUGAAAUUGAUCAACUGUACAAAAUAUACCAAAUUCUCGGUAUGCCAGAUUCAACUGCUUUCAGCACAGGGGCAGACAACUAUCGGCUAUUGGACUUUGUUGGACAUGAAGUUGUUACACCUGUGAAGCUUUCCGAUAUCAUCCCAAAUGCUGGCUUGGAAGCUAUAGAUUUGAUCACGCAACUGUUAUCAUGGGACCCAUCAAGAAGGCCAGAUGCAGAUCAGUCAUUGCAACAUCCGUUUUUCCAUGUGGACACAUGGGUUCCUCGUCCACUCAGUGAUCCCCUUGAGCUGAAGCUGAGUAGCAAGAGGGCUAAGCCAAAUCUUGAGCUGAAGCUGCAGGAUUUUGGCCCGGAACCCGAUGAUUGUUUUCUUGGCUUGACAUUAGCUGUAAAGCCCAGUGUUUCAACCUUUGAUAUGGUCCAAAAUGUAUCACAGGGUAUGGGAGAGAAUGUGCUAUUUUGCCCAGAUUUUAAUGAUCAUUCAGACCGAUCAGUGUUUUGGACAUUAUUGUCUCCUGAUCAAAACGGAGUUCAUAACUCAGCAGAGACUUCCUUGUCAUUGUCAUUUGGAUCAGUUCAACAUCCGCCAAUUGGAGUUCCACAGUCAGCGGGAUUUUCAUUUCAGCCUUUGCAGCCUAACAUCUUAACUACACCAUUUUUGGCUCUGUCUUCCCCUUGCCAGCGCGGCCACUGCCUUUGAAUGAUUGACUGAACUUUGAACUAUUAAUGCACUAUGAUCUUGAAUCUUGAUGAUGCAUACAAUAGUUUUCAUUUUAGGUAAAUUUUUUGUACAGCUUUGUAUAGCAUUUGUAAUAGUUUCUCGUUAUGGCGAAAUAGAAUGUAAUUGCUGAACGAAUUCUAUAAGGAUAUUCGAUUUCAAUGAAAAGUAUAUAUAUUUGUUUAUCA